CCCCGAAGAAGCAAACCGGCCGUCCUGUCCAGGAGCCACCUGCCCAACCCAGCCCUCACAGGAGCACAGCAAGAGUUACACCGCUGCUCCGUCGCGCCCAAGGAUCCAUCAUCACACGUGACCUUCUUCAGGACGGGAUACUGCGAGGGGCCGGAUUGGCUAUGAAGCUCUUGGGCCAUGUGGCUUAUCUGCUGCUGUUAGGAGGGAUCUGUUGCCAGAACAACCGCAACGUCAAACCCAGCAGCAAAACUACCAAGAAGGUCCUGGGGAACCAGAACCAGGGAACCGAUGCCGUCCAGUCAGCCCCGGAAGAAGAGCCCCACCCUGGGCCAGUGGUGCUGGGCAAGGAUGGUAACUCCGGAGGACGGUCUGCAGCUACAGAUGACAUGAAGCUGUUCUUCCUCAAGAACGCCCAGGUCACGUGCAACGACGGAACAGCGGCGGGGUUUUACCUAAAGGAGUUCAAAGGAAGCAAGCGAUGGCUGAUAUUUCUGGAAGGUGGUUGGUGCUGCUUCAAUAAAGAAUCCUGCGAUACCAGAUAUAAAAAUAUCCCCCGACUCAUGAGCUCAUCCGACUGGCCCCAAACGCGCAAAGGAAGUGGGAUAUUGUCGGCCCAGACUGAAGAAAACCCUCACUGGUAUAACGCUAAUAUUGUAUUCAUCCCAUACUGCUCCAGCGACGUGUGGAGUGGCACUGGGCCUGCCGCCACCAAGGAGAAGAGAGUCCAAGGGAAGGAGAAGGAGAAAGACAAGGACGACUACACCUUUAUGGGUUCACUGAUCAUCCGUGAGGUUAUCAAGGACCUCGUCCCCAAAGGCAUCAAACUAGCCAAGGUUGUAAUGCUGGCAGGCACGAGUGCUGGAGGGACAGGAGUGCUACUGAACAUUGAGAGGGUGUCCAGUCAGUUGGAGCAGCUGGGGGCGGAGGCCCAGGUUCGAGGCCUGGUGGACUCAGGCUGGUUUCUGGAGAGUAAACAGCAAAAGGUUCCCAACUGCCCGGACAACGUUUCCUUCUCUCCUGUAGACUCCAUCAAGAGGGGACUCAAGCUUUGGAACGGCGUCGUCCCAGACAAGUGUCAGCAGCAGUAUAAGAAAGGAGAGGAGUGGCAGUGCUUUUUUGGCCACAAACUCUAUACCUCCUUGACCGCCCCUCUGUUUGUGGUGCAGUGGUUAUUUGACGAGGAACAGCUGAGAGUGGAGAACAUCUACCUGGGAGGUCAGACCCUGUCGGAGCAGCAGUGGACCUACAUACAGAACCUGGGGAAGGAGCUGAAGAACUCCCUCAAAGACGUCACCGCGGUUUUUGCCCCCUCAUGCUUGUCCCACACACUGAUCACCAAAAGUAACUGGAUGACGUUCCAAGUUAAGGGAACCUCCCUCCCUCGUGCUCUGCAGUGCUGGGAUAAGAGUUUCCAAGAGGCCAACCGCAACAGCAAAACCCAGCUGAAGGGCUGUCCCUUCAACCUGAUCGACACCUGCCAGUGGCCCCAAUGCAACCCCACCUGCCCGGCCCUGGUGGACCAGGCAACCCAACAGGAGCUCACCUUGCUCCAGAUGUUAGUCGGCAUGGGUCUGGACCUCCAGAAACUCGGCCUCGAGCCCCAGAGGGACGGUAGCUCUUUGACUAGCAUGGCCAGUAACGGUGGCUAAGACGUGGAAGUGUAGAAGCCCGUUCUCUGGCUUUAGCAAAGGGGAUCUUUUUUUUUUGAAUGAGUUACGACGUAACCGUAAAAGGUAGAGAAUCUGGUUACUUGUCUUGUGCUGCUCAGCCAUUCCAUUGUGCUCCACUGUUACCUUGGUGUCUUGACCGGUGGGGAUGUCUGUCUGUGCCGAUGUAGCUUGACCUCCAGGGUCCCUCGUCUGGACAGUUGAACGGGAGGAAGAGGGAUUCCAGUUUCCAGCUGGAGUGUCUCCUACUCCGGGGAGAAGGGUGGGAUAACUGUGGGACAUUUUCAUCCGACUUACGUGUGCUUUACAUGACUUCAUCCACAGAAACACUUCAUGAAGUGACACUGGCUGCUUUUGAGGGGUUUUUUGAAUAAGCUAUUGGCUACACAUGAAUUGUGGGGUAUUGGUGCAGAGCUGUCGUCAGCUUUGUAUCUGAGCUCGAACAGAGUGAAAGAAUGAUGGACUGUUUUGCCAGGUCACUUGAAUUAAUUACCACCAUUGAAAUGUGUAACCCCCCAACCCCCUAUAUAUACACACACCACACACACACCACACACACACCACACACACACACACACCACACACAGUCUAUGGUUUAUAUUGCCAAUAUUUUUACUGCUGCUGCUAUAACUUUGACUUUUUAGAGAAAUAUAUAUGCAUGUAAAGUGAGGGAUGUUUGAUCUUUCCAAAUGGAGGGUGACAGACAUAUUUUAUAAAGUGGUAUAUUAUCAAGCGAGGAUUUUGAUUGCCUGUUUCUUUCUUUGAUUGUGCCUUUGAAGUGUGUUUCAAACUAAUACAUCUUUCCAUGGACACUUUGAACAAGUGAUGUUUCCUCUUUAAAAAAGCUGUCUGCCUUUAUUGCUCAGCUAAA